GUCUGUACAUGCAGGCAGUGGUGCAGCUGCUAUGAUGUGGAGUACAUGGCUUUCCAAGUUGCCCCUCAGGUCAGGACGGGCACAGUCCACCGUCGCCCACCUCAGGGGUAUUUUGAAGAAGGAGAUUGAAAAUAUAAAGGAAGCAGGGACGUGGAAGAAUGAGAGGAUCAUCACCUCGAAGCAAGGACCGCACAUCACUGUAGACGGGAAGAACACAGGCAUCUUAAAUUUCUGUGCCAACAACUAUCUUGGUCUAUCCAGCCAUCCAGGGGUCAUCCGUUCUGCGCGGGAGGCGCUGGAAGAAUAUGGGGCUGGGUUGAGCUCAGUACGGUUUAUCUGUGGUACUCAGAACAUACACAAGAAUCUGGAGGAGAAGAUUGCACGGUUCCACCAAAGAGAAGAUGCCAUCUUGUAUAUAAGUUGUUUUGAUGCCAAUGCUGGCCUUUUUGAGGCCAUGCUGACCCCUGAAGAUGCAGUGCUGUCGGAUGAGCUGAACCAUGCCUCCAUCAUCGAUGGCAUCCGCCUUUGCAAGGCCAACAAGUAUCGUUACAAACACAUGGACUUGGAGGACUUGGAAACCAAACUGAAAGAAGCGCAGAAACACCGUCUGCGUCUCAUAGUUACAGAUGGAGUGUUCUCUAUGGAUGGGGAUAUUGCCCCACUUCGUGAGAUUUGUGACCUUGCAAAGCGAUACAAUUCCUUGGUGUUCAUAGAUGAAUGUCAUGCCACUGGUUUUAUGGGACCAAAUGGACGAGGCACAGAUGAGCUUCUCGGAGUCAUGGACCAGGUGACCAUUGUAAAUUCCACUCUUGGGAAAGCGCUAGGCGGAGCUGCAGGUGGUUAUACAACAGGCCCAAAACCUCUAAUUGAUCUGCUACGGCAACGCUCACGACCAUACCUGUUCUCAAAUACCCUUCCUCCAGCUGUGGUUGGCAGCGCCUCCAAAGCAUUGGACCUCUUGAUGGAAAGCAAUGAAAUUGCACAAUCUAUGUCUGCAAAGACAGCACGAUUCCGGAACAAGAUGACCGCUGCAGGCUUCACUAUUGGCGGGAUGGAUCAUCCAAUCUGCCCAGUGAUGCUUGGAGAUGCCAGACUGGCAUCAACAAUGGCGGAUGAUAUGUUAGAAAGAGGCAUUUACGUCAUUGGAUUUAGCUUCCCAGUGGUCCCAAAGGGCAAAGCUCGUAUCCGGGUGCAGAUUUCCGCAGCUCACAGUGAUGAGGACAUUGACAACUGUGUGCGGGCAUUUACAGAGGUGGGCCGUAAGCAUGGUGUGGUGCCCUAAGAUACCAGAAAUUCCAAAGGAGAUGCCUAGCUAUGGCAGCUGUAACCUUUCUCUCUGGAGCAUAGUCACUGCAACGCAAGAACUAGAUCUGAAGGAAGAGCUUGAAAGGCCAUUUGGGGACGAUAUGCAACGCAAACAUUGUAUGGACGACUAAAUCUCUCUACAGCAAAUUGUUACAUUUAUUAUAUUACUAGAACAACCAAGAAUGUGGAUUACAUGUGAAUAUUGUUUGUUUUCCUGCAUCCACAGCUAUUUCUAGCAAUUUGAACUGGAGAUGACUUGAACUACGACUCCUAUCAUUCUGUCCUCAAUAAAAGCUGAUCAGUUCUAUGA